AUGAUGACCUUGGUAAAUCUAAAUAAAUUAGUGGAAACUCCAUAUAUGAUGGAAAUUAUAAUGUAAGUGUUGCCCAACAUGAUUCUUAAAGCAACUGAGUUUAAUAAAAUUAAAUAAACAUUCUUGAAGAAUUUUUCAAAGAUUUUUAAAGAAUUCAUCAUAAGUAAAUACAGAAUUCAGAUGUAUAAAUCACAACAGAAAAGGCAUUUGUUAGUGUAAAUAAAUGAAGUUAAUAAAGAAUCUGAAGCAGAAAUUUAAGUUAAUUAUGAUGAAUCCUUGGAAGUUACCCAUAAAGAUUUAUAAAAUUUGGAAACUUUGGAUUACCAUUAAAUUGCUUUUAGAGUU